AUGGGUGUUAGUGAUAGAAAUAGGGAUUCUCUUGAUACAAAUUCUAUUGACAUUUUGGCACUAAAUGACCCUAAAAGACAAAUAAACAUGAUUUUUAAAAAAGGAACUAUAAGAGGUGCUCUAGUUUAUGAAGGAUUUUUUGAUUGGUUUCAUUUAAGUGCGAGACUUAAAAAGCAUGAAAGUAUUAGUGAUCACAUUUUGAACAUGGCUACUUGGUGUGAAUUACGAAUGAGAUUGCUAAAAAAAAAUGAAACAAUUGAUAAAUUUUCUCAAGAACAAUUAAAGAAAGAGAAGGAAUAUUGGAAAAAUGUGUUUAAUAGAAUUGUUGCCGUUGUAAACUAUCUUGGUCAAAAUAACCUUGCUUUUCGUUUUGUUGAAAUGUUAACUGCAUUUGAUCCUGUGAUGAGUGAGCAUGUUGAGCGAAUAACUAGUGGCAAAAUUCAUGAUCGUUAUUUGAGUCAUUUUCUUCAAAAUGAAAUGAUACUAUUACUUUCUUCAAAUAUUAGGUCUAUUAUUGUUAGGAAAAUAAAAGAAGCAAAAUAUUUUGCUGUAUUGUUGGAUUGUAUAUCUGAUUCUAGUCAUCAAGAACAAAUGUCUUUGAUUCUAAGAUGUGUUGAUGGCUCUACUAACUCCUUCAAAGUUGAUGAAUUUUUUCUUGAAUUUUUGGAUGUUGAUGAUACGAGUGGUGCAAGACUUUUCUUAGAGUUAAAAAAUCGUAUUUACACUUUGUUUGCAAAUUCCACUAAAAGAUGGCUAAUUUUGAAAGAACAUGUGAAAAAGUUAGCACUUAAGCGAUUGUCGGCCAUACGAUGGGAAAGUCAUGUUGAAAUCAUUAAGGCUAUUAAGGUUUCAAAUUGUCGAAGUCCAAAAGGCCUAACUUGA